AUGGCCCUUGCACUUGGACUUGGCUCGCUUUUUAAUCAUGCGCCGAGCGCGAACGUGUCUUUUGCGUUGGAUCGCCGCGAGCAAUGCAUCCGGUAUCGCACCGUAAAAGAUAUUGCUGCCGACGAGGAGCUAUGUAUUUGUUAUGGAGCUGGGCGGAUGUGGUGGGAGGAUGGCAUCUCCGAGACUCAAUCAGAAACGUCUGAGGGAGACGAAUGUGCACUCUUUGGCCGAUUAGACCCUACUGCUCCUAUCCUUAAAGCGCCGGUGGAUUUUGCUUACGACGCUCCGCUAUGGCGCAUAACAAGUGCACCAGAUCCUCGCACCAUGCCAAUGGAAACAUGCACUGCUUGGGCUAUGAAUGUAGAGCCGCGCGUGUGCUCCAGCGUUGCGCGUCGCUUGCAGUCGCUUGCAAAGGACCACCAGCUUGCUUGCAGUGAAGGGCCUUUUGCGCUGCGUCACUUGCGCACAUUCCGCAAAGCAGCACAAGUCACUCCGCUUGACACAGAUGCAAAUUUACCAGCGGUGCAUACUCCCACGGACGCGCUCGCCGUGCUGGUCGCACGACAAGAAGCGCACUCGCCCACCGCGCUGAAAAUGCUCUUGAUCGAAGCAUUGGGCGACUUGACCGACGUUCAUUUGUACCCAGUAUGUGUACCUGUCAUUGCAGCACCAAGCCGUGCGCGCCUGCACGAAUGGUCUGCAGUAUGGCCGUGCAUGUUUUUGCCUCCAGGAGCAGGGAUUCCUACACGCGGCGCAAUCCCUGGCAGCGACGCAGCACGCGCAGCUUCGCUGGUCGAUCGCACAGCGGACGCAGGGAUGUGGAAGCUGGAUGCAGUCGAGUGCGUACGGAACGCAUUUGAGCGCUGCUUGGAAACAGCACGCAUGGCACGAAAAAAGGGACAAGUGCCUGUUGCCGCGUUUGUCACUUCCGAUCCACUUGGCGGAGGGGAAGAACAUAUCGAGGCCGACGCUUACGAUACUCGCAUUGCAGAGCGUCAUCCACUCCGUCAUGCAGUGCCAAACGUGGUGCGCGCAGUUGCCGACGUGCGCGCCACGCAACGCAACGCUACAAAUGCAGCGAAUGGGCAAGACUAUUUAUUGUCGAAUCUUGCUCUUUUCAUCACGCAUGAGCCUUGCGUCUAUUGUGCCAUGGCGCUUGUCCACUCGCGCGCGCAGGUGGGUUUUGCGGCGCACAUGCAGGACAGCACGGCUUGUCUGCAUGCAUCGGUGGCCAAGACGGCGGCCCAUUUACGAUUCAGGAGCAGAGCGGACUGA